AUGAAGUGGGCGGUUGUGCUGUGUGCCCUGGUGGCUCUCUCCGAAUGCCUUCACAAGAUGCCUCUGAUCAAGGGCAAGUCCGCGAGAGAGACCCUGCAGGAGAAGGGCCUGUGGGAGGCGUACAGGCGGAGGUACCCCUACCAGCCCCUGGCCAAGUUCGCGCAGACCGGCACAGAGUCCAUGACCAACGAUGCCGACCUGUCCUACUAUGGCGUGAUCUCCAUCGGAACCCCUCCCCAGUCCUUCAAGGUCAUCUUCGACUCCGGCUCCUCCAACCUGUGGGUGCCCUCUGUGUACUGCUCCAGCCAGGCCUGCCAGAACCAUGACAAAUUCAACCCUCAGGCUUCCUCUACCUUCCAAUCCACCAAUCAGCCCCUGUCCAUCCAGUACGGCACUGGCAGCAUGACCGGCUAUCUGGGCUACGACACUGUGGAGGUCGGUGGUAUCACCGUGCCAAAUCAGAUCUUCGGCCUGAGCCAGACUGAGGCCGCCUUCAUGGCCUAUAUGGCAGCUGAUGGCAUCUUGGGCCUGGCCUACCCCUCAAUCUCCUCCUCUUCUGCCACGCCUGUCUUUGACAACAUGAUGAAACAGGGGCUGGUGUCCCAGGAUCUCUUCUCUGUCUACCUGAGCAGCGGCGGUCAGGCUGGCAGCGAGGUGGUCUUCGGGGGAGUUGACCCAAGCCACUACACCGGCAGCAUUAGCUGGAUCCCACUGUCCUCCGAGACCUACUGGCAGAUCACCAUGCAAAGUGUUACCAUCAAUGGACAAACGGUUGCCUGCACUAGUGGCUGCCAGGCCAUCGUGGACACUGGCACCUCUCUCAUCGUUGGACCAAGCAGUGACAUCGGCAACAUCAACAACUAUGUCGGAGCUUCCACCAACCAGUAUGGAGAUGCCACUGUCCAGUGUGGCAACGUUGGCAGCAUGCCUGACGUGACUUUCAACAUCAACGGAGUCUCCUUUACCCUCCCAGCAUCCGCCUACGUCUCCCAGUCCUCCUAUGGCUGCCGCACCGGAUUCGGUAAUGGCAACGACCAGCUGUGGAUCCUGGGAGAUGUCUUCAUCAGGCAGUACUACACGAUCUUUGACAGAACCUCCAACUAUGUCGGCCUGGCCCAGGCUGUGUAAUCUACACCAGAUCAGAGGCAGAUUUUAACAUUGAGUCUUCCAAAAGUGAACACCUUGUUUAUCUGAAGAAUGGGCACAUGAAAUGAUCACCCUACUUCGAAAUAAAUAUAUAUUUUUGAAGCA